GACAAUGGCGAGAGCCAAGCAUGCGAGCUCUCGGCGGGGGCGACGCCGAUUCUCGAGGGGCGUUCCCGGCGAAUCGCAGCCUCUGGUGAGUCCGAGCGCCUGGGUUGGGUACGAGGAUGUUCUUCCGCUGGAAGGAAUCGUCGAUGACGACGAGCAAGGGACGAAAUCUAGGAGCCAGGGGCUGGAUUACGCGGAGCUUCUAGCACAGGAUCCAGUGAUCGGCACUGGAGACUUCUCAGGAGUGUUUUCUCGUGGAUUGGAUCCUUUCGAGGACGCAUUCGCGGACCUCUACGCGUUCGACGAUCCGGAAACCAGCACGGCUCCGUUUCUUUCUUUGGAUUUAGAGCUGCUUGGCCAGCGCCUUGCCAAAGUGAGCUUGAAAAAAAGGCUCUUUCUCGACGAUGAGACGCUACCUUCCGAGCUGCUCGUCUCGGAUGAAGAGGACACGAGUCCUAGAGACGGUGGUGACGUUCAAGAACAGGGAGCUACUUCUUCGCGGAUUGACAAAGUCGAUUCUCGGACAAUGGAUUUUCAACGGGAGAACGUAGAAGGUACGAGAACUGAGGUCGAGGACGUCAAGAAAUGGCUCGACACCGCAUUGCAAGAUCCCGAGAACGGCAAAGCCUUGUCGUUCAAAGACACGGUCACAGAGCAAUCUUUUGUCCCGCAACGAGAUGAAAGAGAGGCCGAACUGGAUGCGCUGCUCGACUUGCUGGACAACGUCGCCAUAGAAGAUAAAGAAGAUGGUGUCAAGCUUGGCAACGUCAGUGGUGGCGGCCUAGAUUUUCAGCUGGUUGGGGAUGAGCAAAGCUCCACUUUCAUGUCGCAGAAAGAUCUCGAGACUUUGUUGUGGUCUCCGCCAGAGGAUGCGAAGCCCCAUCCCUCCACCAGCGUGUCACCUUUGGAGACGGAAAAGCGUGGGGUGACACCACCAGCUUUGGAAGAAGAUUUCGACGCUUGGCUCGACUCGUUCGACUAAGACGAGGAAAGCUGAUGUACACUUCGCGUUUCUUUUCGUCUUUCUAGAAAAUGGAGUCGUAUUCUUCCGGAAAAGAGCUCCUCAGGAUGGCGAUCUGGCCUUCUUUCUCGAGGAUCUCUUCUUCCAGCUGCUGGACCUUCCACCUCAUGUCCCCGGAGCUCUGGAGCAUGCUGAAAACAUCGUCGCAACUCUUGGUUCCUCGUCCAGCUUUGAUGUCGAGCCCCUCGAGCAGUCUCAGAUCGUCCUCGAUUUCCUGCGCCUCCAUCUUCGUCAGCUUGAUCCGGAGAUCGUGGACGACCACCCUCAACUGGUGGAUCUCGUCGUCUUUCUUGGCGGCCUCGAGCUCGGAGGUUCUGAGCUUUGCUCGUAGCUGCUCGGCUUCCUCAGCGUUCUUGUCCUGGAUUUCAAUGGUGGACGAGAGCUGCGAGCUCAAUCUCGUCAGCGCUUCCUCGCGCUGUGAGAGCUCGUACUCGGUGUCUGCUAGCUUUGUACGCAGGGAAUCGGAUUCUAAGUUUAGAUCGUCCUUCUCUUUAA